UUAUCAAUCUUCGUUCAGACGGUCAGCGACCGAAUCAUUGAUAUAUUUAGUGUCUUGAAAAUUCCGUUACGGAAGCUAUUAGAAUUAACGAACAGUAAUUGAUAAGAUGUUCCUCCUUGUCAUAUCAGGGUUCUUUACACUCCUAUUUGUGUUGCAUAUCUUUACAAAAUAUGGGAGAAUAGGAUAUUUUUCUAGUCGAAUUGUGGGACCAAAAGCAUAUCCCAUAAUAGGAAAUUUAUAUCAUCUUCAAGUUGACAAUGAACAAUUAUUAGAAAAACUUUGGAAAAUGAAUAAGGAAUUUUCUCCAAUUAACAGAUUGUGGUCAUUAUUCUUUUCAUUAAUAACUAUAUUUGAUCCGGAAGACGUCGAGAUACUUUUGAAGAGUACGAAACAUCUAGAAAAAACUAUACCUUUAAAAUUCUUACAACCUUGGCUUUCUACUGGAUUAGUAACUGGUGCAGGAGAAAAAUGGCAACACCGACGAAAAAUUUUAACGCCAACCUUUCAUUUUAACAUCCUUAAACAUUUUGUUGUCACUUUUAACAAGGAGGCACAAUAUCUCGUAACAUUGCUGAAAAAAGAAGGAAAAGAAGGAUCGAUUAUCAAAGAUUUACAGGAAUUUUUACCUCUACAUACUUUAAACGCGAUAUGCGAAACUGCUAUGGGAAUCUCUUUAAGAGGAACGGGCGAAUUUGAAACUAAAUAUCGCCAUGCCGUUCAUGAUUUCGCCAGAAUAGCGCUCUAUAGGUAAGUAUUAAUUCUUAUAUUAGAAAUAAAUUCAAUUUCC